UUUCAGGCGGCGUGCGCGUUUUACAGCGGAGGGACUGUCGUUUUGUUGGUUUGGCCAGGAGAGAGCAAGGGGAAGAACAAGGGACCGCGGGAUCGGGCUUUUACGGGAAAAAGGAGGUUCAAAGAAGGAAAGGUGGGAGAAGGAAUCCGACCGAAAAGGGAAAGAGAAGAAGGGAAAUAAAGGUGAAUUCGUGAUCGUCGCCGCUGCAAGUGGAGAUCGUUGGCCGGAAAGAGAGAGCGAGAAAGGAAAACGCUAGGGUUGUCGUAGGGGCGAGCUGCUAUAGCCUCCGCGGCGGCGCCUUGUUAAGCUCCGCUGCCAUUGUCACCCUUCGUAGGUCGUAGGGAAGAAAGGGGCAAGAGGGACUGGGAUCGAGAAGGAGGGAGAAAGGAGGAGCGGGCUGCCGGGCCUCCACUAUAGCUACGACAGCCACCAAGCUCCGCUGCACUCGUCGCUGCUGUUCUUCCCGCUUCAUAUUCAUUUUGAGUUAUAGAACGUUGCUCUUGGGCUCUCGGAUCGUUCAAUAGCUUGAUUGAGAUGGUCCUUAUGAUGUACUGCUAGGCAGGGAUCUAGGCACAUAGUCUAGUGCUUGCUGCUUGGUUUUACCCGCUUAUCACGUAAAUGGGCUGCUUUAGCUCCAAGGUACUUAGGCAAUUUCCAGGACACGAGGAUCCAGUAGCUCUUGCUUCACAAACAGCUUUCUCUAAUUUGCUUAAUUUUUUGGGCUUCUUAGUCAGUGUUAGUGAAGUUGAAGCACUGUUUGAACUGUUCAAGAGCAUUAGCAGUUCCGUUAUUGAUGAUGGGCUGAUAAGCAAGGAAGAGUUCCAGUUGGCUCUUUUCAAGAAUAGAAAGAAAGAGAACCUCUUCGCCAACAGGAUAUUUGAUUUAUUUGAUACUAAGCACAAAGGUGUGAUUGAUUUUGGGGACUUCGUUAGAUCACUCAAUGUGUUUCAUCCCAAUGCCCCACAAGAAGGCAAGAUUGAUUUUUCAUUUAAACUAUAUGAUCUGGAGAACACAGGAUAUAUUGAGCGUCAUGAGGUCAAACAAAUGUUGAUUGCUCUUCUUUGUGAAUCCGAGAUGAAGUUAACUGACGAGACCAUCGAGAUAAUUCUCGACAAGACAUUCUCGGAAGCUGAUAUUGACAGCGACGGGAAGAUAGACAAGAACGAGUGGCAUAGCUUCGUCUUCAAGAAUCCAUCUUUGCUAAAGAUAAUGACCCUUCCGUACUUGAGGGAUAUUACCACUACAUUCCCAAGUUUUGUUUUCAACUCAGAGGUGGAUGAGAUUGCUACCUGAGGUAUAAAAAAAACAGAUGUGGAAAACUAAGCACUUCUUACUGAUGCAAAUUGCAGUCUAUGUGAAAGUUUGGCUGUGUUUAGUUUAUGGAGAUUGAAAUUAGUAGUGUUUUUUAGCGGGUAUUGAUGACGUGGCGGGGUGCGAGUGAUCCGAUUCUCUAUUUUUUUUUCUUUUUUGGUCCACUUAUUUCUAGCGUCUUACAGAACUCGGCCUGUAUUUGAGCCCUCACCAUAUACAAAAAAGAAAGAUCCAUACUUCCUUCAUAUCGAGAUUUCUGUUUCGAUGUCCCACUUGUAGAGGUAUAUAGCCAUUUUAUGAAGGAACAAUAGCUUCUUAACUUAUGUCGGCCUACCAUUGCGAGUUAACAGAAGUGCU